CUAAAUAUAUUCCUACAUCUUGCCCCCCCUGUGACAAUUGAAGCAAAACUAACAUUGAAUCCCACAGAAGAAGUUCGAGAUGAGGAUACUAGGUUGGAUGCACCACCGGUCCAAAAAAUCUAAUGUCGAACCAUUCAAGGAUUUUUUGACAGGGAACUAUUGUACUUGCCUUUCCGCACAGUCACCCAUUGAUGACCAUGUUUCCUACACUGGGCCAAGUUUUAACUCCAGAUAUGGACCCGGGCUCUUAAAACAGCCAGAUGAGGAAUGUGAGAAUACUUUCUCUGAAAAUGAAGGAGUGGAUGAGAAUAAUGGAGAUGAAACAUCUAUCAUCAGCUCUGAUCUUUUUCAUGGCUUUCUCACUAUUGGAACCCUUGGCUCAGAACCAAUUACCAGUGAGCCUGCAACACCAACAUUUCCCAUGUCUUUGGAGAGCAUAACAGAGGAAAACAUAGAGGUGACAGAAAAUGAAUUGAAGAUCAUGAACAAUGAGUUAGAAAAGUUUCUAGAGGCUGAAGCUGAAGAAGAAGGUUGCAAUGAAUCGUUAGCAAGGAGCAGUUAUGUUAGCACUAUUACACUCAGUGGCAUGCAAAUGGAAGCAACUGAUGCUGAAGAUUAUGGAAAGACAGUGGCAUGUCCACUCCAAGGAUAUCUAUUUGGGUCAUCAGUUGAACUGCCAGAAACAAGAGUUGGAGUAAAGAAGGAAAAGGUAUCACUUGGAGAGAUGUUUCGUAUGACAAAAGUUACAGAUGAAAUUCCUUCGGAAAAAGAAGUGAAAGGGGAGAUGCAAGCCAAGAAAGCACAUAAAUCUGCCAAAUACCUCAUCAAGAAGAUACUCAGAAUGUUUCGCACUACGUCAGGACAUCCUACCCCUUCUACUAGUGACGAAGCCUCAAAUUCUGUUUCUACCAAGAAAACACUUAAUAAGGUCCUAAAAGUGUUCCAUAGAAAAGUUCAUCCUGAAAACCCAUUAGCUGAUAGAGAGUUUACGAAGUCCCAUAAAGACAAGACAAUGAAUACUCUGAAUGAUGGUGGCUAUAAUGCAGAACUGACGCACCAGGUUAAAGAGAAAAGAAAGUUUCUUCCUGGAUACAAGUCAAGGGAAGGGGUCCAAUGCCAUAAGAACAGCUUGAAACUGCCCCAACAUGAUCAUAUUUGCAGUAAUUCAAGUGCAAAUGGGGAACACUGGAUUAAAACGGAUGCAGACUAUUUGGUGCUGGAGCUGUAGCAGAGGAGCUCAAGCACACUUACAAUGUGUUGUUUGAUUGCAUCAUCUAAGUUUCUAAGUAUUUGUGAGUGAUUUAAGUGACCAUGAACCCAAGGAGAUGGAAACAGUAAAAGGUAUCCAUCUCAUCUGUCUGUAUAAUAAUAAAGUUGUGAGC